CAUUUCGCUGCGUCUAAAGUCUCCUCCCCGCAUCCGCUAGAUUCGGCAAGCCGGACCCGCUCUCUUUCGGUCCGUAUUUUAACUUCUUCCCACGGACCUGCUGGUACCUCGUUGGGUACCGAGAGACAGUUUGGAAUACUAUCAUCACGGAUUGAGUACGAUUUUAUCCGGAUGAUGACUCCUUCAACAAGAAUUUAGUAAAAGAAAACUGGUCGGAAAUUUCAGAAUAUGUGGACAGGACCUUAAUCAGCAUCCUGGAAGUGGAAAGCACGGAAGGCCUGUGUCCCACAUCACAGACAGGUGCAGCGUGUAGCCAAAGCAGCACAGGGGGGGGGGCCCCGUGGGGAGGAGGGGGCGGUGCAGCAGCGCACCCCUCCGGCUGUGGGUGUGCUGGGCGGCGACCCCCGGGAGGCUGCGCGGGAUGUGGAAGGGUCAUCCCAGCAUGCCCCGCAGCCGGUCACUGCUGAGAGGUGCCGGCACAUCGGUGAGAAGAACGUGUGCCCGGAGAAUUGCCCCGCCAUUGACCCAGAGGAGCCCGGUCUCUCUACAGAGUGUCACAAACACUCUGAUACACAGACAGAUAAAGCUUUGCAGUAUUCCCAUUUCGGGCCACAGGCUGAUAACAGUGGGCACCCAGGCAGGCCGGCGAGUGGGACAGAGUGGGUUGAUGUUGAAGCAGGCCGGGACCACGCGCUGCAGCCGGGAAGUACAGGUGGACUGGUGGUCAUCAGUGGCACAGACACGGGACAGGAUCUCCCGGAGAAUGAGAAAUUGGAAUAUAAACGUGAGUUUGGAACGGAGGAACAUGCCGGUGUACGUUCAUCAACAAACCUCCCCUCGGAAUCCUGCUCAACAGCCUCCCCUCUUACCCUCAGCCCAAAUAAAGAUACAGUCCCGCACCGCGCACAAGAAAGAGGAAUGGAUCGGCCGCGGACAACUCCGCCUACUCCGGCCAGCCAGGCCAGCCAUGUACCUCUGUCUCAAGUCAGCGAGAAACCAGGCCUUCCCCCAAAUGCUGAGCACCCUCCACCCCCGGGGCCCAUCACAGGCCAUAACGAUGGGACACAAACGGACGUCUCCACGGGACCUAAAAUCACUACGCAGGACUCGAGUGAUGGCAAGGGAGCAAUAUGUGGUGCUAGUGCAGAUGAGCGGGGACCACAGAAAACGGGAGGAUCUACAGGGAAGUGCGAGACCGGACGUGCCACGCACGGGAGUUCACACCCACCGACGCCGCUCCCAUCAACUAAAGUGUCAUGGACCCCUCAGGGGGGAGAGACACACCCCGGACUGGUCCCCUACACACCACCUGGCAGUGGAAAUUCCACCCCGAACUACUCAGCCGAGCGACAGGGAAGCGAGAGCGACCCCCAGAACAGUCCCCCACGUGCAGCAGUGGAACAGACGGAGACCAACAGGGCAGAGGUGGACCCUGAAGUUGCCGAUCUCUCGCCGGACCUUACGAUCCGGCCACAAAGCUCUCCUCGUCCGGAGAUGCCCAGCACGGCACCAACGGCGCCAGCCCCUGCCGUCUGCCACCUCCACAGGACAGAACUAGACUUAAUGCAGACAGACCAGCCUGUCCAAGUUCAGACUGCCGAUUCGGACACCCCACUGGCCUCUGAGCUCUCGAUCCCGGCGAUUGCUCACGGCGCCGUGGUGCUUGGCGGAGAGAGCGGCCUGGAGUUUUCAGAGGAGUUGCAAGUGAAUCAGUGUGUCUUCCUGAAAGAACAUGUUAGCGGGGACGCUGCUGUUGUUGAGUUGCACGCUGAUCUCUCUGCCGGAGAACCCAAGUCAUUUAUAGAAGGGACCCAUUCAGAAAUCGGAAUGGCUUCGCUGGCUGGGGCAGAAUUUGAGAUUUAUAGCUUUGUGGAGGAGGAGAUUGCGACAGAGGUUGUCGAAGACCGGCUGUCUCUCUCCCCGAGCUAUGAGGUAAACUUAUUCACCCCGGUCAUUGAACACUCCGAGAGUGAGGGACAACACAUACACGUAUUGUCUUCCCUGCAAAUGGCUAAUGACGACAGUCACGUCGUCUUGCAGCACGGCCCCCUUACGUCAGAUCACGGCCUCUUAGAAAUGGAGGUGUGCUCAAAUGACUUCACCCCAACCAUCUCCCCACACGACACGGGGAUGUCUGAUGAAGGGCAGAAUUUCCAGGCCGAAAACACAACUGCGGAAGUGUCCGCGGCGGAAGGGUCGGCUAAUAUCUGUUUGAUUCCGACUGUCCCCGUCUUGGAUACGCCACAUGUACGGACAAACGCCGCCACGGAAGCCACGACUCGGUGUCCGGAGGCCGUCCCGGACCACAGAAGGGUGGACGUCGCCGUGGCCGCCUCCUUCGGUGACGCACAAACGCUGCCAGGGCGGACUGGAACGGGAGUGACGGCCAGUACGUCUUCCCUGGUCGUCCCAAUGGCAGAAUUAACAGAGGAGCUUGUGGAGUCAACCGGUCAGCGCUGCGCAGAGGUCCUCUCAUCCCCGAACACCGUACAUCUGUUAGAGAGCGGCGUGAUGAACUGUCCUUCACUAGACCAGGCCCCGGGACUCUCCUUAGAAAAUACCACCAUAUCCGAGCCCUGUUCUUUGUCUGUUGACGGGUCCAGUGAUCCAGAGCCCUGUCCCGCUGCCAUAGAAAUGCCGAUGCAGAUCCAGCAGGACAUUGAUUGUGCCGUUACUGUGACGACAGCCAAGGACAGCCCAGGGGCUUCCCAGUGCGCACUCCCUCCCGGCAUCAUCGACCCAAGUCUUCUCCUCCUAAAGCCCGAGGACACGGCCCUCCUCAAACGCCCGCCCUCCUUCCUGUUGGGGACGACCAGACUGCCGAGCGACGGCCGGGCACAGACCGGCGUCAGCGGCUUGGACACAGCGCCUGCAAUGGAGUGCCUUCCCGAAGCCGCGCUGGGACCUGCGCCGGCGUGCGUCUCUGUCGACCGCCACGAAGAGCAGAGCAUGUCACGUGUGGACUUGGAGCCCGGCGCGACAUCGUCUUCUACGCUCACCACGAACACCGCGUUGCAGCGCCGUCUCUCUAACCCCGCGCCAUGCAGAUCCGACGACGAGGCCUUAACUCCGAUCAAAGCGUCCCCGGGGCCAGCGGGGACCGUUUUGCGAACCCUGGACCCUCCCGACGCCCCGCCUGAGCACUUCUCCGGCCACAUGUUGCCCUCAACCUCGGGCAGUGUGUCUAGGGGUAAGCUCUUCGGUUACUCCAGCGACGGUGGCCAGGCCGGGCCACCGCCGGUCAUCCGGCCACGGCUUGCCGGUGUGAAGGGCCCGGGGUUCGGCGGCCCCAAGGACGAGAGCAGUGAUGGAGAGGAUGACCUGGCAGAGGAGGACAAGGCCAGCCACCGAAGCAUGGGUUCCCCCGGUGGAGCGGAGAGCAAGGUACGCCAGUGGAUAGCUGACAGGGUCACGCCAAGUUCAUCUCCCGUGUCCCCUGGUCCUGACCCAUCCUCCUCCAGUGACUGGACCCCCAGCACCACUCCAAUCCCUCUCAGAGGCGCCCAUGGCAGGUUCCUCUCUCCUCCCACUACGGGCCCUGGGGGUUCCUCCCCGUCGGACCCGGUCACCCCCCAUCGCCCUCGAAUGGAGCGCCACGCCGACAUGGCCGAGCUGGCCAAACACGAAGCGGAGAUAGAGGGCAGGACCCUAGCACUGAAAAAGGAAGGAUUCUGGUCGAUGAAGCGACUGACCCGUUUGACGGAGCCAGUCCGAACCAAGGUGCACUGGGACUACCUGUGUGAGGAAAUGCAGUGGCUCUCGGCAGACUUUGCCCAGGAGAGAAGGUGGAAAAGAGGGGUCGCCAGGAAGGUGGUGCGGAUGGUGAUGCGUCACCACGAGGACCUGCGGCAGAAAGAGGAGAAGGCGAAGAGGGACGAGCACGCCAAAAUCAGACGGGUCGCCUCCAACAUUGCCAAGGAGGUGCGGGCCUUCUGGAGCAGCGUGGAGAAGGUGGUGCAGUACAAGCAGCAGUCCCGGCUGGAGGAGAAGCGGAAGAAGGCUCUGGACCUCCAGCUGGACUUCAUCGUGGGCCAGACGGAGAAAUACUCCGACCUCCUCAGCCAGGCCCUGGAAACGGCCCCGGCUGGGAUCAGUGAACCUGCGUCCUCACCGCACAGACGACAUCUUCCGCCUGCCGUGGAUGAGGAGGAUAGAGACUUUGAGCCUCCAUGUGGUGAGGAGGAGGAUGACGAGGAGACCAUCGAUGUGGAGGAGGCGCAGGAUGGCAAUGAUGCUGAGACCCAGAGGAGAGAGAUUGAGCUGCUAAGACAGGAGGGGACCAUGUCCCUGGCGGAGCUGCUGAGUACCCUCAAAAGGCCCCAGUCACAGGAUUCAGAAGAUGAGGAAGAGUGCUCAGACAACUCGUCUACGACGGUGGACGAAGACGAGGAGUUCACAGCCAACGAAGAAGAUGCGGAAGACGAGGAGGACACCAUUGCAGCCCAGGAGAUCGUGGAGGGGGAGGCCAAUCACGCCGACGAGCUGGACGACUUGGCCAAGGAAGGUGACAUGAGUAUGGAGGAGCUGCUGGAGAAGUAUAAAGGAGCAUACGCCUCUGAUUUCGAGGAGCCCUCAACAUCCGCCUCCCCCGCUAGCUCGGACCAGUCUGAAAACUCUGGAGAAGAAGAUGAGGAGGAGGAGGAGAGCGAGGAAGAUGAAAGUGACGUGGAAAGCAACACCAACUCCUCCUCUUCAGGCAAUGAAGAUAGUGAAGAGGAAGAGGUCAGUGAAAACGAGGAGGACAGUAAUGAAGACGAGUGUGACGAGGGGAUGGAGAUCUUGCUGAAGGAGGGGGACCACAGCCCCCCACUACCAGCCGGCCAGCGACCCAAGAAGGAGAUCAGCCACAUUGCCGCCACGGCAGAGAGCCUGCAGCCCAAAGGCUACACCCUGGCCACAACCAAGGUCAAAACUCCCAUUCCGUUCCUGCUGGUGGGCCAGCUGCGGGAGUACCAGCACAUUGGCCUGGACUGGCUGGUCACCAUGUACGAGAAGAAGCUCAACGGCAUCCUGGCUGACGAGAUGGGCCUGGGGAAGACCAUCCAGACCAUCGCCUUGCUCGCUCACCUGGCCUGUGAAAAGGGUAACUGGGGGCCUCACCUGAUCAUCGUGCCGACCAGUGUGAUGCUGAACUGGGAGAUGGAGCUGAAGCGUUGGUGUCCUGGAUUCAAAAUCCUCACUUACUACGGCAGUCAGAAGGAGAGGAAACUGAAGAGACAGGGAUGGACAAAGCCCAAUGCCUUCCACGUGUGCAUCACCUCAUACAAGCUGGUGCUCCAGGACCACCAGGCCUUUCGACGCAAGUCCUGGCGGUACCUGAUCCUGGACGAGGCCCAGAACAUCAAGAACUUCAAGUCCCAGCGCUGGCAGAGCCUGCUGAACUUCAACAGCCAGAGGCGGUUGCUCCUGACGGGCACCCCUCUACAGAACAGCCUGAUGGAGCUGUGGUCCCUCAUGCACUUCCUCAUGCCCCACGUCUUCCAGUCCCACCGGGAGUUCAAGGAGUGGUUCUCCAACCCGCUCACCGGCAUGAUCGAGGGCAGCCAGGAGUACAACGAGGGCCUGGUCAAGAGGCUGCACAAGGUGCUCCGGCCGUUCCUUCUGAGGAGAAUCAAGGCGGACGUGGAGAAGCAGAUGCCUAAGAAGUACGAGCAUGUGGUCCGUUGCCGUCUGUCCAAGAGACAGCGUUUCCUCUACGAUGACUUCAUGGCACAGGCCUCCACUCGGGAAACGCUGGCCAGCGGUCACUUCAUGUCUGUGAUCAACAUCUUGAUGCAGCUCCGUAAAGUGUGUAACCACCCCAACCUGUUUGACCCGCGGCCAAUCCACUCCCCCUUCAUCACCAAGCCCAUCAUAUUCCACACAGCCUCCCUGGUGCAGCAAGCCCUGGAGAUCUCUCCAUUUAAGCGCUGUGACCUGUCCAUGUUUGACCUGCUGGGUCUAGAGGGCAGGGUUUCCCGCUACCAGGCCGACGUCUUUCUGCCCCGCCGGAAGGUCACCCGCCGGCUGAUCCAGGAGGUCAUGGAGUCCCCCGAGCCCCCGCCCCGCCCCAAACCCGUCCGCAUGAAGGUGAACAGGAUGUUCCAGCCACUACCGAAGGCGGACAGUCGCACCAUGCUGGUGGUGAACAACCCCCGGCCCACGUGCCCCGUCACCCCUGCUGCCCAAGCCCUGAGGCCCCCUUCCAUCCAGGAGGUCACCACGACCCCCACACCUUCAUCGCCGGUCCAGCAAGCGGUGUGUUCGGUGGCCCCCACCGCCCCGCCGCGCCCGCCCACGCACCCCGGUGGCCCCUCGGCGGCGGGCACUGCCGCCCGGGCCGGCUCCCCGAUGCCGGUCGUGGCGGUGCGCCCGCCCACCUCCUCCGGCGCCCCCAGGCACCCCACCCCUCCUCCCAGCAACCUGAUGACCCAGAGAGUUCUGCUCAGCCCAGACAUGCAGGCCCGGCUUCCUUCCGGAGAGGUGGUGAGCAUCGCCCAGCUGGCGUCGCUGGCCGGUCGUCCCGUUUCGUCCUGCCAGGGCAGUAAGCCUGUCACCUUCCAGCUGCAGGGCAACAAACUCACCCUGUCUGGAACCCAGCUCCACCAGGUUCCUGUGGCCCCUGCGCGCCCGGUACAAGGUAAUGUCAUGCACCUGGUGACCAGCGGAGGGCAGCACCACCUCAUCAGCCAGCCAGCCCAGGUGGCGGUGUUCAGUUCAGCCAGCACCCACGCCGCCGCUUCCCCUGCGCCUUCGGGAAUCCAGCUGCCCGUUAACUCUGCGCAAGUGCCCUCAUCCAUGGUGACCGGCUCUGGAAUUGUGAAGAUCGUUGUGCGCCAGUCGAGCAAGGAAGGAGGGGGGGUUCCGACACUGGCUGUGCCCCCUUCGCCCCGGCUCGCCCCACAGGCAUCACCCUCCACCCUCCACCACGCCAACCCCGCUUUGAGAACUCAUGCCCCCUUGCAGACAUCACAUCGCCACCCCGGACCCGCCACCGCUCAGUACACCCUGGCCCCGCCCAGAACUCCUACCUCAGUCACAAUUAGGACCUCCACCCCAGCGCCCCCUCGUACCUCCACUCCGGCGCCGCCUCGAAUCCCUACACCUGCCCCUUCACGAACCCCGGCCCCGCCUCGAAUCCCUACGCCGGCCCCCCCUCGUACGUCUACGCCGGCCCCCCCUCGUACGUCUACGCCAGCCCCUCCACGUAUUCCUACCUCAGCCCCUGGUCAGUCUCCGAACCCUCAACCUGUCCAGAAGGCAGAAAAGGGCCCAGCAGAGACCAGCCUGGAACAGAAAGCUCGUGUGAAUUCUUCGUCGUCGUCGUCCUCACGAGAGGACAGUAGUGAAACGAAGUCAGCCGUUCCUAAAUCGGGGUCCCACGUUGGUGGAUUUGUCCCCCCUCGGCCUCGGGCACAACCACGUCCACCUCCUCGCUCCCCCUUCUUCAUGUCAUGGCUGGCAGAGAGCCGCAAGAAGCAGCGAGAUGGACGGCUGACUCAGAUCGUCCAGAUCAACGACCUCCACUGCAGCGCCAGUCCGGUGUAUGGCUACGAGGUGCUGGACUUCCUCACUUUCCUCCCAGGCCUCUGUCCCACUCCGGCCCGCCAGGCCCUGGGUCACUGGGGCAGCUCGGGCCACGCCGCCUGCCUGUUCGCCCAGUCCCGAAGCACCACUGACUACUGGGACCAGAGCAGCGCCCUGAGGGAGGCCAUCCACACCACAGAGGACAGGCUGCAGCUGCUCCAGGAUGUCAUAGAAAGGUUUACAUUUGUGAUCCCGCCGGUGGAGGCUCCGCCCAUCACCCUGCACACCUGUCACCCUCCCCCGUCUCUGAGCCACCAGCAGGCCAUGUUCACCUCGGGUCUCUCCGCCCUGGUGGCUCCGCUAACCCGCAGUCUGCACCGCAUCCAGUGCAACAUGAGGACCCACUUCCCCGACCUGAGGCUCAUCCAGUACGACUGCGGUAAGCUGCAGACCCUCCACACUCUGUUGCGGCGGCUGAAGGAGGGUCAACACAGGGUGCUCAUCUUCACCCAGAUGACCCGCAUGCUGGACGUGCUGGAGCAGUUCCUCAACUACCACGGACACAUCUACCUCCGCCUGGACGGCAGCACCCGCAUCGAGCAGAGACAGUCCUUGAUGGAUCGUUUCAACGCCGAUCGACGAAUCUUCUGCUUCAUCCUGUCCACGCGUAGCGGAGGCGUGGGCGUGAACCUGACGGGCGCCGACACGGUGGUGUUCUACGACAGUGACUGGAACCCGACCAUGGACGCCCAGGCCCAGGAUCGCUGCCACCGCAUCGGACAGACCCGCGACGUUCACAUCUACAGGUUGAUCAGUGAGCGCACGGUUGAGGAAAACAUUCUGAAGAAGGCCAACCAGAAGAGGAUGCUGGGAGACAUGGCCAUUGAAGGAGGCAACUUCACCACUGCCUUCUUCAAACAGCAAACCAUCAGGGAGCUAUUUGACGUGACGGAGGGGGAGAAGAAGGAGGCCGUGGUGGAGCUCACCGUACCCCAGCCUGAAGAAGAGGAGGCAGUCAAUAAACAGAGCACCACCAUCCUGGAGCAGGCCCUGUGUCGCGCCGAGGACGAGGAGGACAUAGUCGCGGCCUCCCAAGCCAAAGCGGAGCAGGUAGCUGAGCUGGCCGAGUUCAAUGAGGCCAUCCCGUUGGAUGAAGCCGGUGAAGGGAGGGACCCGGAAGAGGAGGAGCUUUCCAAGGCUGAGCAGGAGAUAGCAGCUCUGGUGGAGCAGCUUACUCCUAUAGAGCGCUAUGCUAUGAACUUCCUGGAGGCCUCGCUGGAAGAUGUGUGCAAGGAGGAAUUGAAGCAAGCAGAGGAGCAGGUGGAGGCAGCCAGGAAGGGGCUGGACCAGGCCAAGGAGGAGGGCCUGAAGCUGCAUGCGGGAUCCUCGGAUGACGACGACGAAGACGACUUCUCGUCACAACCAGCGGAGGAGCCCUCGGUCCCCGGGUCAGGCCGGCGCCCACGGAAACACAGAGAGAAAGGCGCUCCCUCCACCAGGACCAGCGGCAGGCUCAGGGGGACCAUGGCCACCUCUCCAGAGCCGGAGCCAGACAGAGAAGUGCCCGACAGACUCCGUCCGGCUCCAAGGGCACGAGGGGGGACCAAAGACACCACCACCACUCCAUCCCGCACGGAGCAUCUCAGGCCACACGCCAAAACUGCAGAGACAUCUCCUGCCUCUCCUUCUAGAGACUUGGCAGUGCUGCCUCACCGCAACAAGGCCCACUCCAGCUCAGUGCCUUCCACUGCCACCAGUCCUCCAACUGGGAAACCGGAGAUGGUGGAGUCUGAUACACGGUCGCCCAGGAGGGAGAAGGGGGUGUGUGCCUCGCCAGAGUCCACAUGUCCUGUGGACCACCAGUCAUACUCUGCCCAGGCCAGGGAUGAUGACAGCAGAGACCAGGAGUCCCUGUUGCCCCCCUCUGUGUGCUCCCGGUCGCCGCGCAAGCGCCAGUCUGCCGAUGGUGAGGUCCUGCUGGGCCUUCCGGAACAUUCCCCGUCGGCCAAGGUCCUGCGGAAGCUCCCUGGUCGCCUGGUUACGGUGGUGGAGGAAAAGGAGCCCAGGAAGAGGAGGAGAAGAGGCAGCGGAACGGGAGGAGGCUCAUCCGAGGAGAUGGAGCAUGCAGAGUCGGGCCGAGACUCUACACCCCUGACCCCUGACAAAACCAAUCAGAUCCCCAGAGGGCCCACAUUAAAAUAUUUCUCAAUGACCACCAAACUUGCAGAGGACCAAGAAUUCCCCUCAACACACUCUGUUCCACCGAGAGGCUUCCCCCCUUACUCCCCGCCACACCACUCCCCUGACAUGCCGGUACUGAGGAACCUGCCAGUGCGACAACGUCUGGAGAGUGAGUCUCGUGUGGCGGCCCAAUUAGGGGAGCAGGGGCUGGGUCGAGGCAGGGGAGGGAACUACCACCGGAAAAUGGAAGUUCAGCCCGGAAAAGACUGCAACGUUUCCCCAGGCACUAAUGUCACUAACUCAACCCCGCCGGUGAAGCGCAAGAGGGGCCGACCACCCAAGACUCCCCCGAGGGUGGCGGAACCGCAGCCAGAUCACGUAUCCCAUCCCCAGCCCAACUCACCGUGUUGGAAGGUGAGUCCCCCACUCUCCCCAAAACGCAAGAGGGGUCGUCCUCGCAAGGACUCAACUGUAACAGAGGCUGCAAAUGCAGCGCAGAAGUUGAACCCCACCAGUAAUGCCAGUCAAGCUGCUUCCCUGAGGUCAAACCCUACCACCGCUGGCACCAAUGUCAGCCAAGCUGCUUCCCUGAGGUCAAACCCUACCACCGCUGGCACCAAUGCCAGCCAAGCUGCUUCCCUAAGGUCAAACCCUACCACCGCUGCCACCAAUGCCAGCCAAGCUGCUUUCCAGUCAAACACUGCAGCUGCUGACACCAAGGUGACAGCCCCGUCUGCCUCCACUCUGCCUGAAACGGUGGCUUCCUCUGCUGUUUCCACCAGCCAAGGCUCUCUGUCAACCAAAGCAGUAAAACCCGACACUAAGGCUGAGGCCCCUACCAAAACCACAAUUGCUAUUCUUGCGCCUAGCCCGGCUCAAGUUUCUCCCACAUCGGCUGUCCUUGCGCCAAGCCCGGCUGAAGACUCUCCCACAAUGGCUGUCCUUGCGCCAAGCCCGGCUCAAGUCUCUCCCGCAGUGGCGGUCCUUGCGCCAAGCCCGGCUCAAGUCUCUCCCGCAGUGGCGGUCCUUGCGCCAAGCCCGGCUCAAGUCUCUCCCGCAGUGGCGGUCCUUGCGCCAAGCCCGGCUCAAGUCUCUCCCGCAGUGGCUGUCCUUGCGCCAAGCCCGGCUCAAGUCUCUCCCGCAGUGGCGGUCCUUGCGCCAAGCCCGGCUCAAGUCUCUCCCGCAGUGGCUGUCCUUGCGCCAAGCCCGGCUCAAGACUCUCCCGCAGUGGCUGUCCUUGCGCCAAGCCCGGCUCAAGACUCUCCCGCAGUGGCUGUCCUUGCGCCAAGCCCGGCUCAAGACUCUCCCGCAGUGGCUGUCCUUGAGCCAAGCCCGGCUCAAGACUCUCCCGCAGUGGCUGUCCUUGCGCCAAGCCCGGCUCAAGACUCUCCCGCAGUGGCUGUCCUUGCGCCAAGCCCGGCUCAAGACUCUCCCGCAUUGGCUGUCCUUGCGCCAAGCCCGGCUGAAGACUCUCCCACAAUGGCUGUCCUUGCGCCAAGCUUGGCUCAAGACUCUCCCGCAAUGGCAGUUCUGGCACCAAGCCCGGCUCAAGUUCCCAUCCCAAUAUCUCUCCUAAGCCCAACCACAGUCCCUGCCUUAACCUCAGCCUCUCUUCCUUCCUCUGACUCCCCCAUCACAAAUCUACCCACAGUUUCCACAACGAGGCAGACUCUUGGCCCUGCCUCAAGGUCCACCUCUGGUCACAUUCGAAUUCCAACUGCAGUUCUCACCUCAACGCUGGCCCAGUUCCUUACCUCAAGGCCCAGGGUCACCACUUCGCCUCCAAUCUCCAUAACAACUACCACAGAAAUCUUCUCCCCUACUGCCAACAAGAUUACCACUCUUCCCCUCGCCCAAAUCACUAUCCCUAGAACAAAUUCUGCCCAAAUAUCCCAAAAUGCCACAUCAGCCUCUACUUCAGCAGUCACCCCCACUCCAGACCAAAUACUCGUUAAACCAUCCGCUUCUCUGCUAACUGUCACAGCCCACGUACCAUUACUUACUAGCUCCAACACAACCUCGACUGCAAGUCUUCCCACCCCAGCUUCAACCAGGCUCGUCAAUAACCUGACUCUGGCCCCGACCACAGUUGUCACAGGAGCUCCUGCUAAAACCUCAAUACCAACUUCUACCAAAAUCACAUGUCCCUCACCAAACACAACUACCCCAACAACAACUACACCAGCACCCAUGCCAAUUACCAAAACAGCAGCUACACUAGCACCUACACCAACUGUAACAAACCAACCAGUACCAACAAAAACCAGUACACCACCCGCUACACCAGCACUUACACCAGUUAUCACAAAUGCUACACCCGCCCUAACCACAACCAUCAAUCCAACAGCUACUCUGGCCCCUACACAAACUACCACCACAACUGCUGUUCCAAAUCUCAGCACAAUUCCAGAAGCUUGUCUGACCACAACUGUCACCCCGGUUAGUGCAGUCGUUACCACAACCAUUACACCAACUCCACCCCCAGUCUCUACCACAACCAUUACACCAACUCCACCCCCAGUCUCCACUACAACCGUCAAACCAUCUCCUACCCCAGUCUCCACUACAACCGUCAAACCAUCUCCUACCCCAAUCUCCACCACAACCGUCACACCAUCUCCAACCUCACUUUCCACCACAAGCAUUAGACCAUCUCCUACUCCAAUCCCAACCAGAACCAUCACCACUUCCCAAGUAUCAAACUCUACCAAAAUCCAAAUCCAGAUAUCCACCCCAGCUUCAAUACAAGUGCUGCCCAUGGCCCAAAUUCCUUUGAUAUCCACACUCUCCAGCAACUCUACUGCUGUGGCUGCCAGAGUGAACCAGGCUUUGGAGACUGGGCAGAACAAAGACUCUGGGAAUAGAGCAGAUCUGGAGAGCCAGGAAGCUAAAGAGGACAAAAAGACCAAGGAGGCUGUAGAAGAGAUGAGUGACUCUCAGCUGAAAAAGAGGAAAGCGGAUAAUUCUGCUGAAGCCAAAGACACUAGCCCUCCCUCUCCAAUACUGGCUGACUCUGAGGCCCCAGUGGCUCCUCUGCCAGAGGAAGCGGAUGUACAGAAGGUAGAGGAGCGUGCCGGAGAUGACAUCGCCACCAGCAAGAAGAGACCCCUCAGCCGCCAGAGCAGUCAGGAGUCGGUGCGCUCAACCUCUCCCUCCUCGGUGUGCUCCACAUCCACUCCCACCCACUCAUCCCAGCAGAAGAAGAGUGCAGGAAAGAGGGCCCCGGCCAAGAGGAGACGAGGGGAGGAGCUCCCUGACCAAGAGAAGGGAAAGAGGAUGACUGAGAAAGAGUCCACCAAUUCCACCCUGAGGACUCCGUCAAGGUCCUCCUCUUCAGACUCUGACACCUCCAAGCCCUGGAAGGAUCGGCGCUUCACCCGCUCGGCCCAGAGCCGACCAGAGAAAGAGGGGAAUGGAGAGAGCAAUGGGCGGAGGAGAAGAUCCGCCAGGAGCUCGAAACAGGAAAGCAGGGCUGUGUCCAACAACACUGGUACUGGCGAGUCUGGCAGUGAGACAUCGUCCAUAAGGGUCACCCGGAAAUCUUCUGUUCUUCAGCCCAACUCGGACGGCAAACCACAGACCAACAGCGUGCCCUCCACCCCUCCCCAGCCAGAGGUCCUGGGGAAGAGGUGUUCAGCCCUGAAUGCUGCAGCCAAACUCCUUGCGAUGCGAGGUAGGGUUGACACCCCCGGUAGCAGGAAGGACCCUGCUGCUAAGACUGGCGGGCAUAAUUCGACUCCCACUUCCUCUGACAAGAGGUCCAAGCCGAAAAGUGCCCCGGCCACUCCCCAAGCCCACUGCAACAGCAAAGCGGGAAGCAGCAAGCUGACCGCCCCCGUCCAGUCAAGCCGCAAUGCUGCGCGCUCCACCCGCCAGUGUCCCGGCGCUCUUGUCCCGCCGCUGGAAACGGACAGCAAGAGGGGGGUCAAGAAGGAGGAGAAGUACAAAGACAAGAAAACCUUGGAAGGAAAGGAAGAGGCGGGCGAAAGGGACACACGAUCGUCCAGGGGCCACAGCGCCUGCAGCAGCGGGAGUAGCGAUGGCGGAGGCAGUAGCCGGAGCAGCAGUACCAGCGGCAGCCAGCGCACCCACAGCCUCAGCUCCCAGAGCACAGGGCCUCGACGCAACCGUUCACUAGCGCCCUCCUCUGGCAGCGAGGGGGAACGCAGUACGGAGAGGGGAAGGAGGCGCAGCCAUAGGAAGGAAGGAGAGGGGCGGGGGAGGGAGACCCGGAAGGAGAGGAAGGAGAGGCAUGCCCAGAAGCGGGAAAGGCUCUCCCAGGAGGGGAACGCUGGCUCGGGGGAGGGCACGCCGGACCGGGUGCUGCGCAGCGUGGCAGCCAUGGCGGCGGCUCAGGCCCGCACACCGGCCGCCAACACCCGCUCCUCCCGUUCCUCCUCUGCACAACACAACAAGACAUGAUGGGCGGAUUGGAGAUUAAGAAAAAAAAAUGGAAACAGCGGAGGGAGCGAGGGAUUCUGACUGGAGAGAGGACAGGAUCAUGAAGGCAAGGGAAAAUGACCUCCAGAGUUGCUGCUUUGUCCACACUGACUGAGGCCAGAGCCGAACUGUUGAGUCGGUGACCUCCCUCCCUCCUGGGCCCUCUCCCCACCCCACAUUAGAGCCGGUCUCCUCUGCAGUUCAGCCGUCAUCGACCGGGGAAAGGCUCAGGGAUGCCAGACCGCCUGUAGAGAGAAAGGUGGCACCGUCGAUCGUGCCCUUCCCAAAGGUAAGGUGUUGUAGUCCGAAGGCGUCACCUCACCCGGACAGUGGCUUGACUGCACACAAGGACUUUGGGACGAGGUGCGAGAGGGAGUCUAUUGUUAGUUCACACUAUGUACUGUAAAACAUAUAAAAAGACUGGAAUGCUAAAAGAUGUGUGUGUGUUCGAGAGGAUUAGAUUGUCCCCUAUAUACAGAGUUCAUCCUCUGCCAGGGUUAUCGGUGAGAAUCAUUCAUGCAACAUUCAAAGCAAGCUUUUGAGUGACAUUUGAAGGUUUUAGGCAGUUGAGUUCUGGACAUUUUGUCAGCUGUUCUAUUUACUUGUUUCUAGUCAGUUGAUAAGUUAUGGAUAUUUUAUGGUUUCUUCCAAGGGUAUUAGGAAGAGAGUGGAUCGGUAAAUGUGAUCUUUGCUGCACUAUGCUGGAGUUAGUCUUUGCUUAGGCCUCCCCAUCUUGUAAUUUCCUGUCCGACUCUUUCUUUUUAAAUCCAAGCCUGCAUUUUUCAUUUGCACAUCUGGCACAUCACGUCUUCGGCAGUUGCGUGCAUUAUGUUCUAGUGUAUAUAUAUAUUAUUUUUUUCUUUUUUUUUUUUACAUCAAUUUCAAUCAAAUUACUACUCCGUUCCUGGUACCUCACAUCUGUGACGCUCUAAAUAUGUCUGUCUCUCUUGAGCUUGUCAUGUAUCUUGAAGAUAGUAGUUUUCAUGCACUGGCAGUGCAGAAACGGGAGCAGAACCUUGAUUUAAUUCUACUCGCCAUCCAACAUUGUGGUCAAAAUGUCAUGGAGUUUAUACUAAAAGGGGUAUUGAGUCAGUGUGAAUCAAGAUUGCCUAUUAGGCCAAGAUCGCAGUUUGCCUAUUAAAGUACUUGACAUUGGGAUGUGGAACUUACCAAGUUGAUGACGGACCACAAAAAGGAUCCACUUCUGCAAGAUCACAGGCAAAGCACCCUUAGCAUCAGUGCUACCAAAUUCUAAAUAUUUCAUGUUUCGAUUUGGAUUUCUAUGAUCAUCAUUUUGUCAUUGCUCUUCUUUCAUAUAAGUAAUUGGAUAAAACCUGGUGAAGUUCCAACUUCUCUGUCAAACUAUUUUGGGGCAGGGUGCUGUUGGAGUGAAUGGGUGGAAUAUGGUGAUGGUCUUAUUUUGUUGAUUUGUCUCUUUCAUUUGUUACAUUCCUUUGUUCCCUUGUAAUUCCAUUGUUUUACUUGAAAGACAAAAUGACAGUUGAAUAAAAAUGCCAAAAAUGUA